GAAUGGCGUCGACCGUUGAAUGGCGGACGUCGGGCACGAAAAAAAGGGGAAGGGGGUUUAAGUCUAGUAGAUGCUUCUUUUCUUUUAGUAUAUCCGCCCCUUCCCUCCACCCGCUGUUCGCUUUCUUUUCGAACCUUUUCAUCCCCAAUUACAAGGCAGCCGUUGCCUAUACUUUGCCGACCAUUCGAAGAUUUUCUUCUCAUCUGUCCAUUUCUUUCCUUUUUUCACUCAUUCAAUGUGGCGGCUAUUUCAUGGCCGUCCAGCGUCUCUCCGUGUUAGUGCCCGCCUAA